UACUUACACGUGCGGAAAGAAAACCGUCUUCUCACCCGCCACCGUAGCCACCUGACCUCAAGUCCUCCCAGCCACCAACGAGCGAGCCACAAAGAAAGAGCGCCCCCUACGCUGUCAGAGCUGCUGUACGCUGAGUGUGGAGGCAGCAGCAGCAGCAGCAGCAGCAGCAGCGGUUGCCUAGGAGAAGAGUCAGAGGAGGGAGCGGGUGACGCAGAGUAUAGGAGGCAGCGGCGCGUAGUGCGGCGCGGUCUCACACACACAUACGGCGGCUCAUGGAAGCUGAGGGCUGCGCCUGCGUGCACAGAGUCCCGGCCGGCACCGGCAACUGCAGCGCCCGGAGCAAGGGGGAGAUGAACUCGGGGAAGGUGAUGGCCAUACAGGCCCGGAAGCGGAGGCCGAAGGGAAAAAAGGAGAAGGCUCGAAAAAAGUUAAGUGUUUUUUAUGCCUCCACCCUACAAGGAACGCAGGAUAAAUCUUGUACCAACAUUUUCUUGGGUGAGGCUGUAAGCAGGCCGGAGGCUCAACAGAAAGCUCCAACAGCCCCUCCACUUCCCCCACCGCCUCCUCCACUACCAGAGCCAGCACCACCUGAGCCAGAGGAGGAAAUUUUGGGAUCUGACGAUGAGGAACAAGAAGACCCUGCUGAUUACUGUAAAGGUGGCUACCAUCCUGUGAAGAUAGGUGAUCUAUUUAAUGGACGUUACCACGUUAUUAGGAAGCUAGGAUGGGGUCAUUUCUCCACAGUAUGGCUCUGCUGGGACAUGCAAGGGAAGAGAUUUGUUGCAAUGAAGGUAGUAAAGAGUGCUCAGCACUAUACAGAGACUGCUUUGGAUGAAAUAAAGCUGCUGAGAUGUGUGCGAGAAAGUGAUCCCGGAGAUCCAAACAAAGACAUGGUCGUGCAGUUAAUUGAUGAUUUCAAAAUCUCUGGAAUGAAUGGUAUACAUGUUUGUAUGGUAUUUGAAGUUCUGGGCCAUCAUCUGUUAAAGUGGAUCAUUAAGUCAAACUAUCAGGGUCUUCCCAUUCAUUGUGUUAAAAGUAUUAUUCGCCAGGUCCUUCAAGGCUUGGAUUAUCUACAUAGCAAGUGUAAAAUCAUUCACACUGACAUAAAGCCAGAAAACAUCCUGAUGUGUGUUGAUGAUGCCUACGUCCGUAGAAUGGCUGCCGAAGCUACAGAAUGGCAGAAGGCCGGUGCACCGCCUCCAUCUGGCUCAGCAGUGAGUACUGCUCCUCAACAGAAGCCAAUUGGUAAAAUUUCCAAAAACAAGAAGAAAAAACUUAAGAAAAAGCAAAAGCGACAAGCUGAGCUACUUGAAAAGCGCCUGCAAGAAAUUGAAGCGCUAGAAAGAGAGGCAGAGAGAAAAAAAACAGAAGGGAAUGAAAAUGACCAGGAUGCGGAGAGCCAGCCAGAGGCUAAACUAAAAACUGUAUGUCUGGAGGAUGUGACAGAUGAGGAGCCUGUCAAUGAAUAUGGUGCGUUUUUUGCAGGUAAUGUUUCCUCAGAAGGGGAAGAUCAUGAUGAGAAGGAAGAUACAGAAAAAGAAAAUGUUGAGAAAGAUGAUGAUGAUGACGACGACGACAACAUUGAACCAGAAUUGGUUAACCCAGAUCAAACAUGGAAUGAAUCUCCUAAAACAAAUGGCCAUCUGGAAAAUGGUCCAUUUUCACUUGAACAGCCACUAGAUGACGAUGAUGACGAUGAUGAUGAUGAUGAAGAUGAAGACCUCCCCAAUCCAGAUGACUUCAACUUGGAUGAGUCUAAUGCAGACAGUGAUUACACGUACAGUAGCUCUUAUGAACAGUUUAACAGUGAAUUGCCAAAUGGACAACAUAAGGAUACAGAAUUAAACUUUUCUGAGUUUUCAGCCGCAAUGUUUUCUGAACCUUUGGAUUCUGUGGAAUCUGGUUUGGCAGUUUCUGAGGAUUCUACUGUGAUAGAGAGAGAAGAAAGUGGCUCUUGCCAAGACCGGAGCAGGACCGUCUCCGCAUCGAGUACCGGUGAUAUGCCAAAAAAUAAAGCUCGCUCUGCAGAUCUGCUGGUGAAUCCCUUGGAUCCAAGAAAUGCUGACAAUAUUAGAGUUAAAAUUGCAGACCUUGGAAACGCAUGUUGGGUGCACAAACACUUUACUGAAGAUAUCCAGACCAGACAAUACCGCUCCAUAGAAGUUCUCAUAGGAGCUGGGUAUAGCACCCCUGCAGAUAUAUGGAGCACAGCUUGUAUGGCAUUUGAAUUAGCAACUGGUGAUUAUUUGUUUGAACCUCAUUCUGGGGAGGACUAUUCCAGAGAUGAAGACCAUAUAGCACACAUCAUUGAGCUUCUAGGCAAUAUCCCAAGACACUUUGCUCUGUCUGGAAAAUAUUCUCGGGAAUUCUUCAAUCGCAGAGAUCACAUAGCAUUGAUCACUGAACUGCUGGGAAAAAUCCCUCGAAAAUUUGCUAUGUUGGGAAAAUAUUCCAAGGAUUUUUUCACCAAAAAAGGAGAGCUUCGACACAUCACUAAACUGAAGCCUUGGAGUCUGUUUGACGUUCUGGUCGAGAAGUAUGGGUGGCCUCAUGAAGACGCCGCCCAGUUUACAGAUUUUCUCACUCCCAUGCUGGAAAUGGUUCCAGAGAAACGUGCAUCUGCUGGCGAGUGCCUGAGACAUCCGUGGUUAAGUUCUUAGAAAAUGUUUUGGUCUUAUGAGUUUUCUCCAUUCUUUCGGACCUAAACACUGACUCUCACAAUAUCUGUAAAAGGAUUACGAGUGAUCGGGCUGUAGCCUCAGACUUUUCUUUUUUGAAGUACUGUACUUUGUUUCUGUUUUGUUUUCCUUUGCUUGGUGUGCGCUGUGGUCAUUGGAAGGGAUAGCCUUUGUGUCUUCAGCUUUAAGCUUUACUGACCCACUUUUUCUGGGGAUUGGGACAGUGGGAGGGAAAAAGGAAAAAUGUAAACAAAACAAAACAAAAAAGCUUAAUCUGGUCUUGUUUUUCAUGUUACGUGGCAUUCAGAUGUCCAAUUUUUGAACAAGGAGUACAUUUUUUUUUCAUGUGUCUGCCGGAUUUUGUAACUAUUUAUGAAGCUAAGUUUUAGCAGAUGUUGGGUAAAUAUAAGUUUUGAAAUGAAUAACAGUCCUAAAAUAUUGGCACUGUAAAAUUUUUACCUUAACCGAGGGUUAAUCAUUCUUGUACUAUACUGUAUGUAUAUUCACUUUGUAAAUGUUUAUUUUCAUUAAUACCCUUUUAGUGAUGGAGAGGGAUACAGUAUGGUAUUUGCCUAUCUAGCACUGAAGAGAUUACUUACAGGAAAGGGGAUUUCAAUUCCAAAGCAGAUGUAUCUUCUAAACUUAAUUUUAAUUUUGAGCUUUCUGCAUGUAAUGAACCUCAGCUGGUGGCAGAAGGUGUGUAAACAUUUUCUGGGUGUUGGUAAAUAAAGCUGCUCUACUUUCUUUUUUUUUUUUUUUUUUUUUUUUUUUUU